AUGCCUGCAUUUCUCUCCUCCCCUCUCCCGCACCCAGAGGCGAUGGUUUCAUCCUGUGCCGUGGUCGGGGUGAAACGAGAACCAAUCGAGUCCUCGAUGCGUUGGCCCAGCAUGGUUUCAUUUGUGCGCGAAAGUGGUUCUCGUCAUCGCACCUGCAUCGGUGAGGGGCAUGAACGCGGUGCGCGUCGCGUGGGAAAAGAAAAAGUACUGGGUACCCCGGCAAUGGCAUUCUGUGGCGGGGCGGCCGAGUACCCAGUACCCGACGCGUCGUAG